UUUUUCUAAAGAAUAUCAUGCUGCUGUGGAAAGCCCUCGGCAGGAGAAAAAUAUGACGCUUGGCAGCUGUGGACCAGUGUGCAAGCUGAGGUCAAACAAAAGCUUGGCAACCCUUUGUUUGCUUUUGGCGGUGGCACUUUUAUUAAUCUAUGACCCAUUUCUACUCAUCUGGUGGCCUCAGAAUCCUGCUGAGAAAAGUGUUGCUUUGCCUCUGGAUAUGGCUACGGAUUCCAUUGACGACAUGUAUGAGGGUUGCCGGUCUCAAACAGCCUCAGUGAUCGACCUGUUUGGCGUGUUUGAGUGGCACUACAAUAGAAACUUCAGCAUUGCCUGGGCUUUAGUUGAAAGCAGUGCAAAGAAACCUGUCCACACACAGCUGAAAGAAGACCAUGCCAUAGUACUUUACAUGUACACAAAGCUGAAAUAUAUACAACACGUCUUUAACCAAGCAGUGAAAACAGGGAAACACAAGUACAGCACAUAUACAUUUAGGUUCCACUAUUUCUACUUCUUCCUCACUGAUGCAAUUCAAGUUCUGCGUGAAAACCAGACAUUGUGCAGAACCACAUAUCACAGGACAUGGGAACUGUUUGACCACAAUGUCAUCAACACUAACAUGCGUUUUGGUGCUUUUACCUGGGCAGCUUCAAGCAAGCAGUCUUUUGACUUUAAUGGCAAUGUUUCUUGUUUUGAGAUCUACUCAUGCUUUGGUGCUGAUAUAACACAUUACUCUGCUACAAAACAAAAGGGACAGGUUCUCAUUCCUCCUUAUGAGGUCUUCAAAGUCACUGAUGUCCUGACAAACGACCCAUGGUGCAGUGUGGUCUACAAGCUACAGAGCACCAAAGCACCAAGAAGGGAUUUGAAUUGUAUAUUGAAUCAAAAGCAAUUAAAAAGAUAUGUUGAAGUUUAUUUAAGAUACUUGUAUACAUGGAGUGCUUGGAUGAUGUUAGCAUACAUAUUGCUGUUAAUAAUAAUCUCUGUAGUCCUUGUACAACGCAGGCAGAAGCGUUUUGUGGCUGUAGUGCUGGGGGCUCUUCUGGUAAUGAUAGUUAUUCUGGUGAUAUGGAGAGUUGCUAUUUGAUAAAAGACGGUAGAUGGUGUGUAUCUGGGGUACUUUUUCAUGUGUUGUUGGUCACUGAGAGAAUUCACAAUCUAUGUUUGAAAGUAAUAAGGAAAUACAAAUGUUAUGUCACUGAAACUAAACAAAUACAAGAAAUAAAAAAU